AAUCCUCACAAUCACAAUCUGUCACAGUCGGUUUCGGUUGGCAAAUCCACCAGUCACGUACAAAAUUCUUUUCAUUUCAUUUCUCUUAGUUAGAGUUUAGCUUGUUUGCAACAGAGUGAACUCUAUCGUCUCCCGACUUAAAAGAUGGAACAAGAAAUCAAAUUGUUUACUCGCGAGGAAUUGAAAUGCCGUAAUACGCGCGGAGAUGCGAUUCUCAUUAUCCACAACGGGGUCUACGAUGUGACAAAGUUUCUCGAACAGCACCCGGGCGGCGAGGAGGUGCUGUUGGAGCGUGCAGGCCAGGACGGCACAGACCCCUUCGAGGAUGUCAGCCACAGCUCCGACGCCAGGGCGCUGAUGCAGCAGUACAAGAUCGGCGAGCUGGUGGAGGCGGACCGCACGCAGAGCAAGGCCGCCUUCCCGCAGCAGUGGACCAACGACACGCCGCGCGAGCUCGGCAACGCGUGGAGCUCGUGGGUGCUGCCGCUGGC